GGGGAGGAAGAGGAGGAGGGAGAAGCUGCUGUAAACGUCUCCGCUGUCAUGGUGCAUCCCGGUGGAUACAACUACACGGUGUGAGGAAGGAGCUUUGAGAAGACCUGCGACCGAAGUGUGAACGCCUCACCUCCUGAGAUAUGAUGAUGCAAUAUGGACAAGCUGCCUUGGAACAGAUAAACAGAGAAGGAUAGAGAGGAGCAAGAGGAGAUCGAAGCAGUGAAAUAGCGAGAGUCUUUAUCACAGACAUACAGAAGACACCAUGUCUGCCUCGACAAAGCAGGAGAGAACCAUUUGUGUUCUCCUCCCCAACAAAGAACAGCUGGACAUCACUGUCAGGCCAAAGUCCACAGGGCAGGAAGUUUUCAAUCGUGUGACAGAGCUUCUCGGAGUCAAAGAGCUGUUCUUCUUUGGCCUCACAGUGGUGAAGGACAAUGAGCACAUCUUUUUAGAUAUGGAGGAGAAACUGACCAAGUACUUUCCCAAGGAAUGGAGGCAAGAUUCAGGAAAGGCACUUCAGAAGAGACCUUUGCCUCUCGUACUCUUCCUCAAAGUGCAGUACUACGUGGAGAAUGGUAGACUCAUUUGUGAACGAAAGGCACGACAUCUAUACUACUCCGACUUGCGGGAGCGCAUGCUUCGCUCUGAAUGUCGUCAGCAGGAGGAGGUUUACUUCCAGCUGGCAGGUUACGCCUUGCAGGCUGACCUCGGCGACCACCCGCUGCCCAGGGAGUAUGGAGAGAUCACCCCGUACUUUGAACUCAAGGAUUACUUUCCCCCGUGGAUUGUAGCUAAGCGUGGGGUGAACUACCUCCUCUGCCAUGGGCCCAAAGUACACCAGGAGCUGUGGGGCAUGUCUGCCCGAGACGCCAUCCUCCUCUUUAUCAGGGAGUCGUGUCGACUGGAGGAUGUACCUGUCACAUUUUACAGACUGCAAAAGGAUAAAAAGGAGGAGAGAGGAACGGCUUUGCUCGGUCUGACCCUACGAGGAAUGCAGGUUUAUCAGGAGGUAAACAACACGCGACAGCAGCUGUACAACUUCCCCUGGUCAAACGUGGGACGUCUCACCUUUCUGGGUAAGAAAUUCGAGAUCCAGCCAGAUGGCUUGCCAUCAGCUCGGAAGCUGGUCUAUUACACUGGGUCGUCGUUCCGCUCUCGCCACCUCCUCCUGCACCUGAGCAGCUGCCAUCGCCUCUACCUCAGCCUCCAGCCGUCCCUCAAACACCUACGCCAUCUCCAGGAGAGCGAAGAGAAAAAGCGUUACAGAGAAUCGUACAUCAGCGAUGACCUGGACCUGGACCCCGCCGGCAGCGAAAGCAGCCCUGGUCUGUCCCGCCACUCGACCAGCAGCUCUGGGAUUGAAGCGGACGCCCGCCAACACAGCAUAUCCACGGAGCUGGCCUCUAUGGAGGAUGAGAGUCAGCAGCAAGGAGAGCAGUGCUUCAGCCCAGUAGAGAGCCGCAGCAGCUCCUGCACCUCCGGGUUCGACGCAAGCAGUAAGAGUCGAAUAGAAGAUGACGGGUGGCCAGAAGAAGGAAUCAAGAGCAAUGUUGAAAGUCCGAAGGAAGCUCUUGUAGACGAUCCUGAUGAGAUGUUUCAGUUGGCGGAUCUUCUUGAAGGAGUGUCAGUGGAUUGUGCAGAAGUCCCCUCAGUCACACACGUAUCCGAAAACAAAGUUACUCCACAAGACUCUGAUGAAAUUGGUAAAUUGCACAAUGAUGAUCUGUUAAAACAGAUGCUGAAAUCUAAAGCACACGUGUGCGUGGAUCGGCACAGCCACAGUCUAGAUGACAUCAGCCUCUUUCCACCUCCGACUCCCCUGGGGACGACGCUGCUGCCCGACUCCUCCCACAGCUACACCUUCGGGUUCCCGGAAAUCUCUCCAAACCCAAAGACCCCUGUUGAACUCACUUUCUUCCCUCUCUUGCACUGCCAAGACAAACCCUUGUUCUAUGGCCGCAGGUCUACCAACAGCCUUUCUCUGGACAUGUUAGGCGAUGAACAGUUCCUUGAAUUCAUACUUUGAAUACCUGACGCCCGUUAAGAUGCCUUUUCUCGUCCUUCAUUCCUGGUGCAACUGAACUCACAGGCUGCCAAUGCAUGAAUAUGUAUUUUAUGUGUGGUGGUGAUGAAAAUGAGGGUGUGCCUGAAUUUCCAGAGACAUUACUGAAGAUGACGGAACGCUCACUCCUCCUGGAAAAGUUCUGGAUUAGACAACAGAUCCAAUCAAGCAAUUUCAAUAUCUGUAAACCAAGCAUAUUUAUUAAUGUUGUAUAUUGUGUUCACACACUACUUGCACUAUUUUAUUAUAUUCCAUCUUCUUAAAGCAAAUGCAUUUUAAUAAUUUUUACUGUACCUUGUAAAGUUUUGAAAUGUUAAUGCGAUACAUUUGAAAUACAUGAUUGGUUUAUUUUAACGUUAACACCUUAACUGCAGUGUGCUCCUAUAUUCCUUUAUCCUUUAUUUUUUUUAACCAUGUUUGACAAUGUACUCUAUUUUUGUAUAGUGUGCUCUGCCAUGCGUUUCCUAUUAGUCUCCCACAGCAAUGUACCUGCUGGUGUGGAAAAUUGAUUGAAGCUCUUUACGGCUGGUAAUGCAUUCAUCCAAAGCUUCCCCCGUUUCCUAUUCUCCUCCCGCUUUUCAUAAUUACUACAGAAAAGUAUUAAUUGUAAAGCGCUAUUUCUGUAAGCUGUCGGUGUGUAAUGAAUCUGCAGUAUCUGCCGUGUUAUAUAAGCCACAGAACAAAGAGACAUUCAGUCAGCUUUGUUUUGACAUUAUUUUGUGGACGAUAAUUGCAAAAAAACUGUUGUCUUUAGCCAAUAUGAGCUCACUGGAAAAGAAUGUCGGCCCUUAAAUGCAGAGCUAUUUUUCCAAUUGUGAAUGAAAAACUGACCAGAGUUAAAUCACUAUACUGAACAAUUAUUUUUUUAUCUAAAGCACUGUUUUGUUUUUUUAUCAUAGUGAAAAUAAAUUCUUAAUGCCACAAAAUAAAAACUUUUUUGUUGUGAUA